AUGGACGCACCGAAGACGUCGCCCUCUGCCGAGGCGGUGGUCAUGCAAGCCCUUUCUGCUAUUGCCGUUAUUAUCACUUCUUCAACUCUAGCACUGCACUGGAAGAAUAGGAACUUCCCAGCCGCCAUCAUGAUGGGAUGGCUCAUCCUUCUCAAUCUUUUCAAUGUCAUCAAUGCGUUCAUCUGGCCGACGGAUGACGUCGACAAUUGGUGGGACGGUGCAGGGCUCUGCGACAUUGAGGUGAAGAUGUUGAUCAGCUCCUAUGUCGCUAUUCCCGGGAGUCUGGUUUGUAUUUUCCGGAGCCUGGCCUGUGUGCUGGACACCAGCCGUGCGACCCUCGUCCAGACCAAACGUCAACGCUGGAUAACCCGCUCUGUGGAAGUCUUGUUUUGCGUGCUGGUUCCGCUGCUUGCUGCAGCCACGCAUCUCAUCUACCAAGGAAACCGCUAUUUUAUCUUUGCCGUGUCCGGCUGUGUCAGCGGUCUCGAUCGGAGCUGGGUCAGUUUUGCCCUGGGCUACCUAUGGCCGCUUGUGGCAUAUAUGGUCUACGUGCAAGUCAAGCUCAGCAUGCCGUGGCAUCCAUUCUCCUGGUCACUACUUCAUGGUCCGGGGUCCUCUUGGCGAGUGAUAGAGAGAAUUCCAACUGGCGGCGCGGUGUAUUUUGACCGUUGGAUCCCUGUUGCAUCAGCAUACACCGCAUUUGCCUUUUUUGGCACAGGUCGAGAUGCAUCGCGGAUGUACCGCUCGUUCCUCCGACCGUUUGGUCUGGAUUGCUGCUUUAGCCCUAUGGAAAACAAAACAUCUGGGAGUUUCCCCCAUACUUCGGGAUCUGCUGGAAGCCGAGCACACCUGAUACCUGGGAGGGGCAAAGCACAAAGCGACCUCUACCACUAUGCACGAAAAAACUCGAUUGACUACACCUCCAGCUCCCGCGCUAGCUCCAAGGACGAAGACCUCGAAAAAGGUAUCCCAGUGUCCAGCGUCACAGAGAACCAGGUAGUCUCGAAGAAAGGGUGGCUAAAGACCGGUUUCGCUUGGCUGGGGAAUCAAUUUCCAUUCUCCCUCUCACCUUCCGCGUGCCGUGAGAAGAUACGGUCUCGCUCCACACCGCACCUGGUCGUCCCUGCAAGCUCGAACACAGUUUGCACCAAUGCUUGGGCUGGAAGUCGUCAGAGCCGUGGUAGUAUUGACUUUGAUGACUCCUCAGAAUCACUCUCAUCCAAGAUGGAUUUUAUCAGGGUGAAACAGGUUAUUAGGCAAGAGAGGGAAACACAUGUGUAG